CAAUAUGAGUUCCCUUUGUGCGUGACACAUGUUUGACUAAGUCGGUAAUGCAAUUUCUGUAAUACAAUUAUAAUCACGCUGAUGAAACAUAUAAUAGAGUUAGCUCCUGGAACAGUCCUCAAUCCUGCAUUAAUACACGACCCUGUCAGCACAACCAAUUUAGAUUGCUUGUUGAGUGUGAUAAAUAUUACAAUCAUAUCAACAAUCCAUGCCGCGAUCGCUCUAUUUGCGCAGCACUUGCUUGUUGCCGCUUCUUGUAAUGCUUAACUUCUAACCUCGUAUUCCAUAGUGCUAUCGGUGAAGCUGGCUUAGAUUUCUACUAUUCUGUAGUGUCCCAUUCUAUCUAACUUGAGGCAGCUUGCUGGCUACGAUAACGUUUUAACAACGUUGCACGGCACGUUUUAGGUCGCCAAACCAGGCCCACCCAUACACAUGUAGCUGACGCACCUGUCUCGCUGGCACCGUUGUUUAUUUGUUUGUAUCAAAUUUAACGUCUUUGUUCUCCGUCGCGCGUUGUGUUUCCCCAUAACUAUUCAGCCUUUUCACGCGAGCAAUCACGAGAAGAAAGGACCGCCAGGAGGCCGUGGAACUCUUCCCUCCCCCUAUCAACAACGUGAAAACGUUUUUUUCUUACGACAAACGUGUCUUACACUUCAUUGUAGUCUUUGGUCUGCGUAGUGGUUGGACAACAUUUACUUUCAGCAAAUAGGACGCACGUACGGUUACCCGUGGCGUUGUGACAACCCUGGCUGACGGACUGUCAGGUAGUUUUGGCAGCCUGUGUACUCAAGUCACUGUUCUCCUUAUACAGUCUCCGUCACGCCAUGCCCGUGAAUCGCCGCUGAUCAGUUCAUCCCUCCGCGGCACUACUGGGACUCAAAAGCCGCCAGCUUGACCCUCAUUCACCUGACACCGCCAGCCACUCACCGCGUUUCCUUGGCGAAGAAGACCCAGCACCUCGGUUUCCCCGCUAAAUCCCAGUCUCCUUUUUCAAAGUUCGUGAGUUUAUGGAUUAAGAAAUGCAAGCAACCCUUAUGGAGGCGUAAUGGACACAAGAAAGGGAGAUUAAGAAGAAAUGCUCCAUCUAAGGGUGAUUACAAAAUGUACACUUAAAAGUCAAGUAGUCUGACAGCAGUCAUUUCGAAAUGGCCGCUCUUGACAUGAUGACGCCGCAGCAGACUGUGGCUCCGGCCAUGAGCCUGACCAUGGGAGACAUCGCGUCCAGAGUGUCCUCGGACGACACCGGCAAGAGAGAGAUGAACCUGUGCCGGUGUGACCUGGUCACCGUGCCCCUCCAAGUCUACCAGUUCAAGGACGUCGUGACCUUGGACUUGAGUUACAACAAGAUCGCGAGGAUCACGCCAGACAUUGCGGACAUGAGGUCGCUCGAGGUUCUGCUGCUCAAAGAAAACCUCAUCAAAUCUCUGCCGUUAAAGAUGGCUUCCCUGGUAAAGCUCCGACGCGCUGACCUCUCAAACAACCGUCUAGUCAAGGCUGUACCUGAGGUCCUACUUGGCAUGAAUAACCUGGAAGAGCUGGACCUUUCCGGGAACCAACUCACGACGUUCCCGGAGAAGCCGAGGCUGAAGAGAGUCACGAAGUUAAACUUGGCUCGGAACAGGUUCGUGUCCUUUCCGAAGGCAGUCCUGGGCAUGCGCGCUCUGAUUGAACUUGACGUCUCGUUCAACACCAUCAGGGAAAUGACGGACGACGAGGAGUGCCGCAUGAGGUUCCUCAAACGACUGGACGUGAGCCACAACGAGCUGCCCUUUCUACCUCGGUUCAUACUUGACCUCAAGAGUCUCGAAGUCAUGGACGCUUCGGCCAACAAACUUCGCAGGGUAUCGGACGGACCCUGUCACCUGUCAAAACUCAGAAGAAUCAAUCUUUCUCAGAACGAGUUUCAGUCUGUCCCCAAAAUCGUAUCUCUACUGAAAGGAGUCGAGGAUAUCGACAUUUCGAACAACCAGAUGGCAGACUGGAUCGUAGAGGGCAAAGUCUACGGUGCCACGAGCGUCAAGAGACUCAAAAUGGCGGACAACAAGUUUGAAACACUUCCUGAAAUUGUAGAGAAGCUAGAGAGAUUAGAGGUCUUAGACGCGUCGAACAACGCGAUCAAGGAUAUGCCCUACGAGUUGGAGUGUAGCAAGCGUCUCAGGAAGCUGAACCUGGCCGGUAACAAGUUCGUGCAAAUCCCUGCAGUUGUGCUGACCCUCGUCAUGUUGGAGGAACUGGACAUGUCCAACAACCAUAUCGCAGACGUGGCAGACGAGGAGUGCCUUAUGAAGAGGUUGAAGAAAGUAAACAUUGAACGGAACUGUCUAACCUCUAUCCCUGCGUUUCUCCUCCAGAGGAGCAAGUUGAUAGAGCUGGACAUUUCGGACAAUAAGUUGUUCACUACGACUCCUACCGGUCAGGCACCGAAGUGGGGGAAGUUGAAGACCCUUUGUCUACAGAACAACUUCCUGAGCUCCAUCUCUGACCUGCUGCCCAACAUGGCGGAGAUACAGGAACUAAAUGUCAGCAACAACAACUUGAGCACUCUGAAGGGCAUCAAGGGAAGAAAACGUCUGAGGAAGGUCUGGCUUCGUAACAAUCAAUUCGAGGCCUUUCCCAAGGAGCUGACUCUGCUACAUGAGCUCGAAGAACUUGAUCUGGGAGAAAACGACAUCGACUGGCUGCCCGUGGAUUUGAAAUACCUGUCGAAACUCCGAGUUCUUCUCGUGGACGGUAACAACAUUGAAGCCCUGCCUAACGCCAUCCUGGAAAUGGCGGGACUGGCAAUGAUCACAGUCAAGGACAACCCCCUCCGUCAACCCCCCAUAGAUGUCUGCAACGAAGGUCUGCCGAUGAUCUACGAGUAUGUGACGGAGAUGAAGAGAACGGGGAUCGCGCAGAUGCCUCAUCACAAGGUGGUGGUCCUGGGAGCACCCGGAUCAGGGAAGUCCAGCUUAGUGCGGACACUUCUGCAGAGCGAGUCUCAUCUCACGGGAGAAGAAGACGAACCCUUCUACCCAGAGAACCCCACCGUCCCGGAGAGUCACAUGUGGACGUUUGACGAGUUCGAAGUAGAAUUGGUGGACACCAGCGGUUUCGACUUCUUCACCGACCGGUUGGUCAUUCCAAAGAACGCCUUGUACCUGGUUCUGUUCAACGCACACGAGUACGUCAGUGCCAAGUACAGGCAGGCCAUCGGAAACUGGCUGGAGCUCCUGAACGCCCGCGUGCCGCAGUGCCGCGUCCUCCUUGUCGGCACCCACAGUGACUUCUGCACCGCCAAAGACUUCGCCGCGAAACACGUGGAAAUCAUGGCGCGCAUCCAGCAACAAGAGCAGCACCUCAUCUCGGAACUGCAGACCAAAGUCAAAGACAUCAACGAUGCUAUGAAGAGCCACAGUAGGCUGGAACCGUCCAAUGAACUCUACGGCUUGAACAGGGAGAUGCUGUUGGAGAGACGGCAGGAGCUGGAGCAUUUCAUCCGCAAUCGCUGUAGCCUCCCGAGCAAAGUGUUCGCGGUCAGCUCCUCGCCGGAGCUCGCGGGUCUGGACGACCUAGCAAACGAGAUCGUCGGCUUCAUGAUGAAGGAGAAGAAGCCAGCCAACAGCGAGGCCUUCCCGGUGCCGUGGUCGUGGAGAGAGCUGUACACCGUCCUGAGGAGGCACGGGGAGGGUAGGCAGGUGAUGACGUGGGAUGAGGUAGAGGAAGUUGCACGGGAGCUGACAGGGCUCAGCGGACCAAAGCUGGAAAUCGCGAUCCGGUUCCUUCACCACAGGCGGGACAUCUUCUGGUUUGGUGCAGAGAUCGAGUCUCCUAUCCUGAGCGACUUGCUGUUCCCCAACCCCACACAGUUCUUCAAGGUCAUCAAGGUCAUCCUCCUGUUCCUGCUCAGAGGUGACAUUGAGAAGCUCUUCGACUUCAACCACCCACGCUUCCGGUCAGCUGGCGUCCGGAACAUCAGUGAAGACGACUUCGAAGACCGUAAGGCCGACUUCCUGAAACACGGCAUCCUCGACGAGACGAUCCUGCGCUUCCUGUGGAGCCAGUUCGGCGAUCUGUACGGGGACAUCCUGUCAGGUGUCAUCGCCGUCCUGCAGCAUCUCGGCCUUUGGUACAUCACGACCAGCCGAACCGACAACAGAGUCAUGCACGUCCCGUGGUACUUCUCCGACGAUGCCAAGGCGACCCACUACGAGCUGUUCUGGCCUCCGAGGGCACCGGAGGACACCGAACAACUCACCAUCAUCUUUGGCUUCAGACAGUGGUACCCAACGGGCUUCUUCGAAGCAGCGAGCGUCUGUAUGCAGGAGUACAUCGAUCCAGUGGCUACCCGCGCGGACUGGAAGGAUGGGGUCUUGGCGACGACUCCCUCCCGCAUGAGAGUCUACUUGGGCCGCAGGGCAGCCGAGACCUCCGCGGUGGUGGAGCUGGCCAUGCGAGGGGACAGCUUCGAGAUAGACACCAUGUGGACGGAAAUCCUCAGAAUCUAUAGGGGGGUAGCUGCUCUGCUGACCAGCUGGCCAGGCCUGAGGUACGAUGUCUACCUGGUCUGCCCUCACUGCGUCAAGCGCAACAUCGACAUGCCGCACAUGUUCUACAAGGAGGUUCUCCGCCAGCCUCGCGGUAAGAGGCGCGUGAUCUGUCCCAGGGCAGCCGGAGGCUUCGUGGACGCCAAGCUCGUCUUCCCACCGGAUGAAGAGACGGGAGGUCUGAGGAGAUACGUGGUCAACACACCAAAGACUCCUGCUGCCGACAUCAAACCAAAGAUGACCACAGUGAUCCCACAGUUGGAUCUGGGCAGUGGUGUGGAGGUUGUCCUACAGCCAGACCCUCUGCCGUCCCUCCUGCCACUGACGGCGGCUGUCGGGGAGGACAGGUACCGGGAGAUCCUCAUGCAGCACCGCGCUACCAUCAUACAGGACCUAAACGUUCGGCCCCUACGAGACUACCUGGUCCAGAGGAAGGUCCUGAAGCCGGCUGAGUUCCAGGUUAUCCUGACGGAGCUGACCAAUCAGGACGAGGCUGCCAAACUCAUCCACAUGAUCAUGGCGCGAGGACCCCGGGCCUUCAACGUUUUCUGUGCCGCCCUGCAGCGGUGCGGCUACCCGGGACUGGCAGCCAAACUACUCAGGCCAAUCGCCACCAAGACAGAGCUGAAGGUCCCCUCCGUGCGUCUGAAGGACCAGCAGUCGUCCCUGGCGUCCAUGUCCGGCUCCGUGAAGGACCUGUCCCUGGGCGAGUCGACCAUCUCCCCGGGGAUUUCCAGCAGUGUCCACGCCCCCAGCACCAUCGGCCGGCUCCCCAUGGUUAACGACUACGUCGCCAAGUCGUACGACGACAAAGGUAUAGAGGCUCAACACAAGCUGGCCCUACAGCGUCACCGCCUGACUAUCAUACGUCACCUGGACGUGCGCGACAUUCGGGACUACAUGCUGAAGAACCACGCCAUCAAGGAGGCAGACAUGGCCGCCAUCUUGACACAACUCACCCGACAGGACGAAGCCGCCAAACUUGUGGACAUUCUGAGCCAAAGACCCGAACAUGCCUUCCCGAUAUUCUGCAAAGCACUCCAGAAGUACGGAUACCCAGCGUUAGCAAGACAGCUGACAAGACCCACCCAUCUACCGUCAGUUCGAGCUCGCCCAAUGAGAGGACUACCUCCACGUGGAAGGCACUAUGGAACACUACCCCCAUGGGGCAAUCGUAAGAAGGUAAACAUGGGAGCGAGGGCGAUGCCAUUCCAAGCCAGCCUGGGAAAGAGACGAGGUGGUGGCAGCAUCACCCUGGGAAGACUGCCCCCGAUCGACAAGACUAGCUCCUCCUGGGAGACGGUGACCUCUGCUGAUGUCAUGGACAUGUCACACUAAAUAACCCUCCAUUUGUCCUCUGGCAAAUAACUGUAACCAUUUCAUGAAGUUUUUAUAGCUAAUGAAACACGUACAUGUUGAAGAAGUACUGGUGAUGAAUGAAAAAGGCAAGGCCAUUUAGAGGACAUUGAAUGGCAAGGCC